UUUACGAACUUUUCCGAAAGAUUCUCGUAUAACUUCGUACUCUUCCGUAUAUAAUCGCAUACUCUCGAAACGUAUUUCACGAAGUCGCUUCAUUUAUCGAACAAUGGAGACAAUAGUAGGACGAGUUCUUGUAUAUGGUGGCAAGGGUGCUUUAGGAUCAACAUGUGUUUCAAAAUUUAAAUCAAAAAAUUGGCAAUUAAACUUAAACAACUGUUAAGUGGAAGCGUAUAAGCAACAUUUCAUUAAGUGGGGCGUAUAAUAACUUCUUGUUUUCGAUUUUAUAAUGAACUUUAUUGUUUCGAAUGUUUUUUUCUUUAGGUUUAUCUGCAAAUUUAAUUUAAUAGCAAGCUGGGUUGGUUCUAUUGAUAUGAAGGCAAAUGAGCAAGCUGAUAUAAAUGUGAUUGUAAAGCCUGAAAAUAAUUGGCAAGAGCAGGAAGUUGAUAUUCUGCAACAAGUUACUAAUACUUUGAAAGGUAAUAAAGUAGAUGCGAUAAUUUGUGUAGCUGGUGGAUGGGCUGGUGGAAAUGCAUCUCAUAAAGAUUUUGUAAAGAACUGUGAGCUCAUGUGGAAACAGAGUGUAUGGAGUUCAGUUAUUGCUAGUAGUAUUGCUGCACAUCAUUUAAAGGAGGGGGGAUUCUUGUCACUGACUGGUGCCAAAGCAGCAUUAGCAGGAACACCAGGAAUGAUUGGAUAUGGGAUGGCCAAAGCUGCAGUUCACCAGCUAACUAAGUCUUUAGCAGAUAAAGAUAGUGGUCUUCCAAAGGAUUCCUUAGUUACUGCAAUUUUACCAGUUACUUUAGAUACACCUAUGAAUAGAAAAUGGAUGUCCAAUGCUGAUACAUCUAGUUGGACCCCACUUGAAUUUGUUGCAGACCUUUUCUGGAAAUGGUCACAAAAUCAGGAGCGUCCUAUCAAUGGUAGUCUUUUACAACUGAUUACUAAUAAUAAUAAAACAGAAUUAAUUACAGCUUGAAAAAGAGAGAAAUAACUUUCUGGACCAACCAUUUCUGAAUAUUUCCAUGACAAUAUAUGUGCUUGUUAUAAAUGUUUAAAAUUAAUUCUUGUGAUUAAAUACUAUCCUUAAAAUAUUUGUUUAUUAUCUGGCAUGUAUUGAAGACAGAAUUUACGAUAUACAUAUUUGUAUAUAUGUAAAAAUAUCUUUAAACAUUAAUAUGGGUACUAUGUUCAUUCCAUUGUAGUAAAUCUACAAUAAUAAAACUAUGUAACAAGUUUUUUUUAUAUUUAUUUUUAUACAAAUAUAACAUUUUUUAGCACAAAAUAUAAUUUGUAAAAUGUGUUUAUUGUAGACAAAUAGAAUUAUGUAUACAAAUAUUAAUGUUAAAAAAAGUGUUAUAAAAAUAAAAUAAAUGUUUUAACGCAUCGUUAAA